GCAUUUCCUUGGUCGUUUACUUUUCGUCUUUCUUCGGCAUUUCUUCGUCGUUCGCUUGUUAUUCUUUGGCAUUUCUUCGGCAUUUCUUCGGCGUUUACUGGAGUUCUUUCGUCAUUCCUUCG